AUGGCAGCGAAGUAUGCGACACACAAGACUUUGUUUCUUUUAUCCUUCCACAAAACGAGAGAGAGAGAGAGACACAGAGAGAGAGAGAGAGAGAGAGAGAGCAUGAACGACAGCAGGCAAGGUUCAUGGGAUUCGUACUCAUCACAAGUACACAACUUGUACCCAUACCCUCAGCCAAGGGUGUAUCCACCACCACCGGUUUCAGAGGGCCAUGGCUACCAGACCUACUUCAGUGAAGAGAACCCUUCUCAUGGCUGGUCACAGCAGCAAUCAGCUGCACCAUCAGAUGGACCUUACAACUAUGGCUACCAUGAUGAUCCAGAUUGCCUCACUUUCCUGAGAGGAUGCUUGGCAGGGCUCUGCUGCUGCUGCUUGCUGGAGCAAUGCUGCUACUAGUGACACCAUCAAGCCAAGAGCCCAAGAAUAUGAGAUCUAUCAGCUAGCUAUGGAUGCGCUUCAGCUGGAUAUAUAUAUAACUUGUUGGAUGUAAUUUGUAUGGUAGGUUGUGUUUAUCUGUUUAUGUGUAUGGUACUCCCUCUAGUCACAAAUAAAAGUUGCUUUGUAUUUUUUUUUGAAGUCAAUAAGACACAACUUUGACCAAAUAACUAUUUUGAA